AUGUUGUUCGAUACACCUGGAGGACGUGUAUUUUGUUGGAGAAUACACCAGUCUGAGUGGGCGUGGCCUUGUCGCAGAGACCAUCGGGAUCAACUUCAGGGCUACACUCCAGCGACACAACCAAUGUUCGCCGGCGCGUAUUUGCCUCUCGCCGCCCUUUCUCCGACCGAAGAGACGUCGUCGUCCUCGGCGCCACACUCUCUCGUCGAUUCCUCUAGUCACCUCACACCCUCCGCCUUCGUCCAAAUCACUUCUGUUCGUCAUCGUCAGCUCGAUUUUUGUCCGCUUCUAAGCCAGCAGAUUGUAGUUGACGGUCCUAACCGAGUUCACAGAUGA